CGGCGUGCGGGGAGCGGAAGCCUCACGCGGCAGAAGGAACAGAAACACAUCGAUCUGAUCUGUUAUUGAUGAUCUACCACUUCCGGUGACAUGGAAUCGAACCCGCAGCCUCACAAGCGCUUCAUCUGCUCAUGGGCCGGCUGCCCCGCCGCCUACAACAAGCAGUGGAAGCUGGACGCGCACAUGUGCACGCACACGGGAGUGCGGCCGUACGCGUGCACGCAGGCCGGCUGCGGGAAGUCCUUCUGCACGCAGCACCACCUGGUCCGGCACCAGCUGAUCCACAGCGGCUCGCGGCCCUUCCCCUGCCCGGUGCCCGGCUGCCCCAUGGCCUUCACCACCAACUGCAACCUCACCCGGCACGGAGCCCGGGUGCACGGCAGCGAGCACCGCACCUACGCGUGCACGUACCCGGGCUGCGGGCUGGAGUUCCGGAAGAACAAGCAGCUGAAGGUGCAUGUGUGUGAGCAGCACACGCAGCUGCAGCCCUACCAGUGCACGCAUGAAGGCUGCUCCAUGAGGUUCAGCUUCCCCAGCAAGCUGAAGCGCCAUGAGAAGGUGCACCGAGGCUACCCCUGUGGGGGGGAGGAGGAGGAGGAGGGCUGCAGCUUCCGGGCCAAGACCUGGACCGAGCUCCUGCAGCACCGGAAGGAGCAGCACCGGCCGGUCCUGAGGUGUGAGCAGUGCAGCAAGGUGUUCCGGGACUCGUGGUUCCUGCAGCAGCACCAGCGGGUCCACUCCGACGUGAGGCUGGUCUUCAAGUGUCCCAGGGACGGCUGCGACAGGUCCUUCACCAAGAUCUUCAACCUGCAGAGCCACAUCAACUCCUUCCAUGAGGAGCUGCAGCCCUUCGCCUGCCCGCACCCGGGCUGCGGGAAGAGCUUCGUCAUGAAGCAGAGUCUCCAGCGCCACAGCGUCGCCCACGACCCGGAGAGGAGGAAGCUGAAGAAGCCGAGGAAGUGCAAACCCAGGAGAUCUCUGGCUUCCAGGUUGAGUGGUCACACAGAAGAGAAGAAGCUCCAGGAGCCUGACUCGGGCUCCAGAGACUCGGGCUCCAGAGACUCGGGCUCCAGAGACUCGGGGUCCAGAGGGUCCGCUGAGAGAAGCAGUGACCCCCCCGGCCCAGUGGAGCUGGUGUCCCUCCUGCAGGACGCGUCCCUGCUCUACAGCCCGGCCGGGGUGGACACACAUGGACUCACCACGGCCCUGACCACUCCUCUAUCAGUGUAGACUCUGGAGGUCACAGCAGAAUGUGAACAGAGAACAUUUGUAAUAUUUGUAAUGUCAUUUCCUACCCGUUGUAUUAGGCUUGAAUGAGUGUCUAUCUCUGUAUGAGUGUUUGUGUUUAUACUUCUGUGAUUACUCUUUGUAAAAAAAUGAAUUGAGUAUAAACUUGAUGUCUUCAUGCAGGAAUGUAUCUGGUCCAGGUGAUCCGUCCCUCUCUGUAUUGUUUCUCUCUCUAUGAACGUUAAUUCAUAACAUCAAUAUAUCUGUCAUUUGUAUUUAAGAAUAUAUUUUGUAUACAAUUUGUGUUGCUUUCAACACAAAAAUCCAACU